GAAAAAGAUUUGAGGUGUGUCCAGCGGUCCAGGUAGUUAUUUGACUUAUUUCCCCUCUGCGACCAUUUUCCUAAAUAAAUCUGCCGCAAAUUCAUUCGACUGUACUGAUCUGUGACUCCGAGAGAGGCAAACUCAACGCAACCAUCUAUGAAGAACAUUUUCAAGAAGAAGCCUCACCACCCCAACCGAUCGAACGAGACUCCUCAGCCUUCGUCUUCCUCUACCGUGCUCACGUCAUCAUCUUCCCCAUCGUCUGCCCAUCAGCGCGAAUCUAGCACCUCUCAGCAUCCGCAGAGUCCUUCGACUGCCUCAUCUACUUCAGCUGCCGCCGCGCCGCUUACCGCUAGAGGAGCGCCUGCUAUCAAUCCUCAACAUGACUACUAUGCCUCCGAAGAGGAUUACCAGAUACAGCUUGCCUUAGCACUCAGUGUUUCCUCAUCCCACGCUGAGGAGUCUUCCUUUGACUCCGGUAAAGGUCAGAUCCUCGGUGGAGGGAGAUAUAGUGCUGAAUCUGCUCGAGAAAGGGAGGAAGCUGCUGCUGACUUUCUGUCGAGUCGGUAUUGGGAUUACAGCAUUCUUGACUAUGAGGAAAAAGUUGUUGAUGGUUUCUAUGAUGUAUAUAGCCUCUUCACAAGUCCUGCAAGUCGGGGGAAAAUGCCGUCUCUUUCUGAACUUGAAACGAAUGGUGGAAGUUCUGACUUUGAAGUUGUGAUAGUGAAUCAGAAAAUUGACCCAUCAUUGGAGGAGCUUAUACAGAUUGCACAUUGCAUAACAUUAGAUUCCCCCAUAGAUCAGAUUGGUCUGCUAGUUCAGAGACUUGCUGAACUUGUAAUAGAACAUUUAGGUGGGCAGGUGAAAGAUGCAAAUAUCAUACUAACUAGAUGGAUGGAAAAAAGUAUGGAAUUGAGAACUUCUCUUCACACCAGUGUGCUGCCUAUAGGAUCCUUAAAUAUCGGGUUGUCACGUCAUCGUGCGUUGCUGUUCAAGGUUUUGGCUGACCAUGUUGGGAUUCCAUGUAGACUAGUUAAAGGUUACACAGGUGUUGAGGAUGAUGCUAUCAACAUAAUAAAGCUACCAAAUGGGAGUGAGUUUUUGGUUGAUCUCAUGGGCGCACCCGGGACACUUAUACCAGCUGAGGUUCUAGGUACAAAGGAUACUUGUUUCAAGCCGUAUAAUAAGCUUCCCAAUGCCCACUCAACCAGUGGUUCCAGGCUCGACUCCUUGGAUGAUAGAAAAUAUGCUACUGGAAAUGAUAUUUUAACUGUCACGAGACCAGUAAGGCCAGAAUCAAAUCCAUUGUUUUCCGAGGCAAGUGUUGGUGCAGGUUCACCAGGAUUAAGUAGCAAAGGUUCUCCUUCUCACCAGUUGGAUCAAAUCACAUCAUUGGUGAUUGGGAAGUCCCUAUACAAGGGAGGUCGUGGACCUAAUGCUGCUAGUGACGGUUCAAGGGUGAAUGUGAAUGUUCCACAUAGUGAUGACCCAAAAAAUCUUUUUGCUGAUCUCAACCCCUUUCAAAUAAAAGGGUCUGGCUUGGUUCAGAAUAACCCUUCUAGAACCGCAGGCAGUCGGGUGCAGUUUUCAAAAAAUGUCGCAGGCAAGCCUCCUGUCCCUAUGAAUUGGAAAAAUCGCUAUGCAUGCAAUGAAGUUCCAGAUGUUUUGCCAAAGAUCAAACUUGAUGCAAACGAUUAUAAUGCAUCAACAGUGGCUUCUUCCACAUCAGCUGUACAGCAGAAAGUUUUAUUUGAUACCCCUCCAAUGUUGGCAACUCAUUUUGAAUUUAGGAAGUCUUCUGUUGAAAACAACCAGAGAAGUGAUCUUGAGCAAACAUAUCAAAUGGAUGGGGACCUCCUGGAAAGUAAUGAUGCAGACACAACCAGAGCUCAUUUUCAGGAAGUCACUCUGCAGAAUAACAGCAGAAAGAGCACCCAACAUAAGUUCACUGGAACAGAUUUUAAGGAGCCAGUAUACUCAAACACUUCGACAGGAUUAAGCUUAUCCCAGAUUAAUCAAGUAUUGGAUGAUGUGAAUGAAUGUGAAAUUCCAUGGGAAGAUCUUGUUCUUGGCGAAAGGAUUGGACUAGGUUCAUAUGGAGAGGUAUACCGCGCUGAUUGGAAUGGCACAGAGGUUGCUGUCAAGAAGUUCCUUGACCAGGAUUUCUCUGGUGCUGCUUUGGCUGAGUUUAAAAGAGAAGUGCGGAUAAUGCAACGCCUAAGACAUCCAAAUGUAGUUCUUUUCAUGGGUGCAGUAACCAGACCUCCAAAUCUUUCGAUCAUCACUGAGUUUCUUCCUCGUGGAAGCUUGUUCCGGAUAAUUCAUCGUCCUCACUCUCAAAUAGACGAGAAGCGCAGAAUCAAAAUGGCUCUUGAUGUGGCAAUGGGCAUGAAUUGCUUGCAUACAAGCACACCAACUAUUGUUCAUCGUGAUCUGAAGUCCCCGAAUCUAUUGGUAGAUAAUGAUUGGAAUGUCAAGGUGUGUGACUUUGGCUUGUCACGCUUAAAGCAUAAUACUUUCCUGUCAUCCAAGUCAACUGCUGGAACACCCGAGUGGAUGGCGCCAGAAGUUCUACGUAAUGAACCUUCAAAUGAAAAGUGAGUGUUAAACUGCUCAUUUACUUGUUAUCCCUUCCAGGUUUUUAAGCAGCUUCGUCUGCAUGGUUCUCUUGGAGAAGACAAUCUUUACAUGUUUCAGUCUAUUCCAGCUCUUGGUUUACAUCAACAUGUUGCACCAAAUCAGUGUUCUCUUGUUUCAUCAUUACCUAAGUCUAUGCAUCUUAGUUCUGUUCUGUCUUCUUGUAAUAAUUCAAAAUCAUGUAAUGUCUCUCAAACAUGUAAUCUGUGGCAUUUAAGAUUAGGCCAUUGAUUUCUGUUCAGCCUCUUGUCUUAGUAAAGCUCACAGAUUACCAUCCUUUGCUUCUGUUGGAAAUAGCAUUUAAAGCAUAUGCCUUUUUAUAUUCCAGACUUUCCA